AUGCCCCCGCUUAUCCGCCGCCGCCCGCUCUCAGAGCGCAUCCAAGCUUACCUGGAUCCGUACGACUGGCUAUUGUGGUUAUCCGAGGAACUCAAUAGCAAUGACCUGGACGAGGCGCUGAAAGACUGGGCAUGGCCCAUCGGCAUCGCCGUCAAUGUGGUCUUCAUGAUUGCAAGAGCAAACAGUGGCGCAGGAGCCUCGACAGGCAGCGAAGACGUAUUUGGAGACUUUGACUCUGGAGCAGGGACAGGCUGGCUUCGUUGGCUGUGCUCCUUUGUCGUACAUUUACUAUCGCUCCUCUCGAUCGUGAACGCCGUCUACACUUUCCGUCGCAAGCGUCACUACCGGCUGUUCGAGAACCCCGUUGAGAGAACCCCGACAACACCCUCAGCCCGCCGUGUUCGCGUCGAUUCGUCACCUAUCGCUUCAUCGCCUCUCCGCUUCCUUUCGAACAUUAUCACAUCGACAAGCGCAGAGGCGCGCGCGCAUCCUGACGCAGCUCGCGACGUGUGGGAGAUAUCCGUAUGGGACCCCACGCCGACAUGUCUACGGCUCUUCUGCUUGUUUAGCCCCGGUCAUGUUCUGGUGUACUGGCUCUUCCUUCCUCUCGCAUCUCUGGACCCGCGGCCCAGUGUCACAGUAGUCACCACUAUGGUUCUCGGGGUCCUGAUGACGACGCAGCUCCACCUGUUCCAAUCUUUCUUCUCGCAACAGACGAAGGAUGCUGCACUGAUCCAUCGCGAGGUUCUGCAUGAGUACGACACCAAGUUCGUGCACCCGAACUUGAAUAAGCCUGUCCGUAAUGUGGGGACGCAGACGCCAGACGAAGAAUCCAAGGCCAAGGUCACCAGGGAGGUUGAUACAUAUACACCGACUACUGUCAUCAAUAGGGGAUUCCGUACCAAUCCUAACCCUGCAUAUUCCGCGCAAUAUGAUCCAGACAACAAUCUCCACUCCGAGCAGCGCGCCUCUCGAUCUACCAUGCCAAAUCCUUUCAUUACUCCACGUGUGGCGAGUGCACAAGGACCCACCGGAUCGAUCAGAGGCUCUCCAGGAGGCCACAGAGCCUCUACCAUGAGGCAACCUGUGUUCCGUGCCACAUCGGACGCGAGCACUGGUGACGGCGGCAGCCUGGGUGUGUACUCCCACGCCGCCUCACCUCUGCGCAAGCCGCAGUCUGUCAAUUUCAUGAGACCGGACGAGUCGGAUCGGAGAGUCUCUAGCCCGGAGAGGAGGAAAGGUAGCCCGCUGAAGCGGAUGAGCACGCCGGGAGACUGGGGCAAGGUGCCAGAGUUGGAGAGACCGGGUACUGAGAGGCAGCGGAGGCCGUACUACGCGGGUCACGAUUCGCGGAGAGAAACAGGGCGGUAUUAG